AUGGAUGAGUUUCAUCAUUUAUCCUCGAUAAAACAUCCCCAAGACGAUAUCAUUACUUUUCGUGAAAGUUGCAGAUCGAAGAUUAAGAAACAGAACGAUGAAUGCGUACUCGAAGACUUCGCCAGGUGUUUUUCAAUCGAUGACGAUGAUAUUGUUCUAUUGGAUUCCCCAGAAAGUGUUUCCGACGAGAUAAAAAUACUUCUCGACGAAGUUAUUAAUCAAAUUCUCAACGAAGAAAGUCUUCAAUGUCAGAUUAAACAAACUAAUUAUGAAGAAUCUUUCUUCAAUCAGCUAGUCAGAUCUAAUCAAUCCGAUGACAAACAACAACAGCAACCGUUGUUAUCAACUUUAUUCGUGUCAGAAAGCCUCCCUACGUUAAAUCAAUCAAACUCGCCAUACACUCAAUUUUUGUAUCAUCUCGGGUUUGAUCUCUGUUUAGAACAAAACCUUCAAACUCAAAAUUCUCUAACAGAACUCCAAAAACAAACAUUAGUCCAACGGAAUCAAGCGUUUCAUCGAUAUCGAACUUACCGCUGCAAACAUUGCUCAUUUCGAACAGAUACGAUCCAUGCAUUGAAACACCAUUAUCGGACGCCUCACAUUCUACCGAAUUUUCCUUCUCCGCAUCCGAAGUAUCAUUGUAUAUAUUGUGCGUUUCAAACUUUUCGAAUACCUGAUCUACGCCGUCAUUUCGAAAGAAAACAUGGCUGUCAGUUAAUAUCGGAGCAUUCUUCUCGGCGAUAUUCAUGUUGCUUUUGUUACUAUGACACGGAUGAUAAGAGUAGUUUUCUUAAGCAUAAUCAACGUUGUGAAAUUGAACAAAGACGAACGUGUCUGGCGAAUAACUUAUUAGCACCAUGCGAUCAAUCGACUGGUACUAGGCAGAAAACGACAUAUCAAUCGAUAAGAAGAAAACUUGCUGACGAAACAGUGGAAAAUAUUUUAAAAUGUUUGAAUAACGAUAAAAACAUUGAACCGAUCGUUAUUGAAUCUGAUCAUGAUAGUUCAUCGAUAUCAAAAACAACAUCGUCUGACGAAGAAUUUAUUGUUUCAUCGGAUGAAGACAGUUCACCAACUGGCAAGGAACAAACUGACAACAAUCGACACUUUAAAAUGUCCAAAGAAUGUCGUUUGAAAAAAAACCUACAACCGAAUUCAAGACCUGCAGCUUCACUACCUAUUUCAUCAAUAUCAUUAGUAUCAUCAUCCUCUGCACCUGUAUCUACUCUUCCUUCUUUGUCGAAAUUAUUACUUUUAAACACUACACCAAUUCCAUCAUUAACAUCUUCAACGUCACAGCCAUUAAAACCUUCUUUAAUAUCGAUUCAACCGAAACCCACGACUCUAGAUGAUGCUUAUCAAAUGUGUAAUAUGUGUCAAUGCUACAUUUACAGAAAAGAUUAUCUAAAACAUAUGAAUGAACAACAUCGAAAUCCAUCUUUGCAAACUUUGUCGACACCAAUCAGUAUCCUGAAUAACACUAUUAAUAACAUAAGUACAACCGUAGCUUGUUUACCACCAACAUUAAUCGUUGCCAAACCGACAUCGCAAUCGUCAUCAGCGAUUCUACUUCUUUCGACUGCUAAAAUGGGUCUGCAAUCGAUUACGUUAAACAUGAUUAAAUGUCCGUGGUGUGACACGAAUUUCGAACAUAUCGACAUCAUCACUGGGCAUUUAAUGAGGUAUCAUCGUAUGACUUUGGCUGCUGCGAAAGUCGUGGUUGCGGAGCAAAUGAAAAUUCAGGGAACUUCAUCGAGUCAACUGUCACUAUUAUUUAAAAAAGAAAUCGAGCAGAUGCAGAAUGAAUUCAAUGAUAAAAUCUACUGGAAAAUUUCUCAGCCAAAAGUAUAUCUACACCAAAUCGAAACAGUGUCUUGUUUCAUGUGUAAUAUAAUGGUUGAUGAUUUGGCCAAUCAUUUAACCACAAUACAUCAAACUCAAAUAGAAACAUUGAAUUCGGUCAAACAAUGUUCUCUGUGUGGAUUUACAUGUGAUCAGAAGAAACCUUCGAGUCUAUGUGAACAUCAAUUACGUACACACGCAGGUGUUUGUUAUUCAUCUACACUCAAGCAGUUUAUUCGAUUCGAACCUCCACCGUCACCAACUUUACCCGUAAACGGCAAAGAUCACGCCCGAUUGAUUUUACCCUCUUCAUCUUCCUCUGGACGAGUAUUAGUCACUCAAACAGAAAAAAAAUUUGGCUGUCGGAAAUGUGAUACAAGUAGUCGAUUAUUUACUUUCGAAGAAUUAGUUGAACAUCUACGGAAAACUCAUGAUUUGAAUGUUAAACUACAUCGUCGCUGUAUAUUUUGUCAAGAAACGUUUGCCAAAGGAACAGAAUACAAUGAGCAUUGUUUAAAACAUUUAAAUGAUGAACAACCUUCGAUAAAACUCAAACGUCAACGUGUGAAUUGA